AUGACUGGACAAAGCCUGCACCCAUUGCCCUUCAUCAAUUUGACUUCGGGGUUUGGCCUGACCAUUAGAGCCGUUCUACGUGGGACCAUCAGCUCGACCAGCAUCGGCUCCUACAACAGUAGCGCCCAGAUCUCCAGGCUAAAAAACAACCUUGUUUCUGUUAGUCCCCUCGCUCCGUUGUAUAAUCCUGAUACAGAUCUAGGUGAUCCACAGGCCACGGGCAACUGUAUUUAUCUGCAGACGGACUCUGUGACAUACAAUAUAACACCUCAAAAUGCAUCUAGAACGGCCGACUUUAUUUUCAGUGUACAUUCCUCGCAUGGACUGGAGACACAGGGCAAGAACCCAAAUGAUAAUGAACUAGAGACACAGGGCAAGAACCCAAAUGAUAAUGAAUUAGAGACACAGGGCAAGAACACAAAUGUUAAUGAUCUAGAGACACAGGGCAAGAACACAAACAAUAAUGAACUAGAUUCACAGGGCAAGAACACAAAUGAUAAUGAACUAGAGACACAGGGCAAGAACACAAAUGAUAAUGAACUAGAGACACAGGGCAAGAACACACAUGAUAAUGAACAAAAGACACAUGGCAAGAACCCAAAUGAUAAUGAACUAGAGACACAGGGCAAGAACCCAAAUGAUAAUGAACUAGAGACACAGGGCAAGAACCCAAAUGAUAAUGAACUAGAGACACAGGGCAAUAACCCAAAUGAUAAUGAACUAGAGACACAGGGCAAUAACCCAAAUGAUAAUGAACUAGAGACACAGGGCAAGAACACAAAUGAUAAUGAACUAGAGACACAGGGCGAGAACACAAAUGAUAAUGAACUAGAGACACAGGGCAAGAACCCCAAUGAUAAUGAACUAGAGACACAGGGCAAGAACCCCAAUGAUAAUGAACUAGAGACACAGGGGAAGAACCCAAAUGAUAAUGAACUAGAGACACAGGGCAAGAACCCAAAUGAUAAUGAACUAGAGACACAGGGCAAGAACACAAAUGAUAAUAAACUAGAGACACAGGGCAAGAACACAAAUGAUAAUGAACUAGAGACACAGGACAAGAACCCAAAUGAUAAUGAACUAGAGACUCAGGGCAAGAACACAAAUGAUAAUAAACUAGAGACACAGGGCAAGAACACAAAUGAUAAUGAACUAGAGACACAGGGCAAGAACCCCAAUGAUAAUGAACUAGAGACACAGAGCAAGAACCCAAAUGAUAAUGAACUAGAGACACAGGGCAAUAACCCCAAUUAUAAUGAACUAGAGACACAGGGCAAGAACCCAAAUGAUAAUGAACUAGAGACACAGGGCAAUUACCCCAAUUAUAAUGAACUAGAGACACAGGGCAAGAACCCAAAUGAUAAUGAACUAGAGACACAAGACAAGGACCCAAAUGAUAAUGAACUAGAGACACAGGGCAAGAACUAA